AUGGUUUCACUGUGGCGCAGGAACGAUGACUCGGAGCGAGAGGAGCAAGGCCGUGAUGGAGAUGAUAGAUCCAGAGGACAGUAUCAGGAAGCAGAUGAACGGACACGACUUUUACCCAGAGAGAACCAAGGAUAUCUGAGUCCCGAUGAUCCUGCAGUAUCCCCCUACAAUCUGUGGAGUGUCAGGGCUCUCAGAGCCUUCUCCUCUUUCUGUCUCGCGGUCAGUUUCGUCUGGUGGACCUUCCUGCUCGUCUCCAUCUUCGUCAGCCCUCCGAUGAUGCACAGCCGUGGCUCUGGCUUUUUUAGCUUCGCGUAUACCACACUCACCGUCGGCUACCUCGUUAUCGCGCUGCUAUUCUUUAUAAUCCCGUCAAAGGCCAUGACGAUAUCCGGCAUAGUGCUGGCCGUCUUCCUCUUCGUGGAUAUGUGCAUUAUCCUCGGUGUACCUCAGCUGCGCGUCGAAGAGGGCUGGGUUGGUAUCGCCUCGGUCGUCUGGGCCACCCUGAUAUCCAUUUUCAACGUCCUCCAAAACCGGACCGUUGCCUGGGGCAAGAGGGAGGAAGAGGAGCGCCUUACCGGACGAGAGGAAACCCGGCGGUCCCUCCGGGAAUGGGUCGCCGUGCUUAUUGAAACGAUCUUCAUGGUUGUGUUCGCGAUAGUCUCGAUCCUCUUCACUGCAACCCUGAUCAUCCGCGCCCGGGAUGCCUCCCUCCCAGCCCCGGGACAAAAGUACCUCGUCAACGGUGAGAAGUACCAAGUCCACCUCGCCUGUGUCGGUCCCAUGAACGGCACCACCGACGGCAACGGAAGGAAACCACCCACUGUCCUCCUCGAAGGCGGCGAAGGCCCAGUCGAGCACUCCCUGCAACCCUUCAUCGACGACGUCUACAAGCAAGGCCUCAUCGACCGCUACUGUUACUGGGACCGACCAGGAUACGCCUGGUCCGACAAUGCCCCCUCCCCACACUCCGCCGGCAUGGCAGCUGAUGCUCUCUCCGAAGCCCUCGCGCUCGCCGGCGAGGAAGGACCCUGGAUCCUGGUCUCCUCCGGCAUCGGCUCCAUCUACAGCCGGAUCUUCUCCAGCCGCCACCUCCUCGAAACAAAAGGCAUCAUGCUCAUCGACGCCAUGCACGAGGACUACCUCGGCCAAGUGGGUAACGCCGGCCGCGGCUUCCUGCUCUGGCUCCGCGGGGUCCUCUCCCCGCUAGGCCUGGACCGCCUCUUCGGCGCCUUGUUCAAGGGCCGCACGCGCGAAGACCGCGUCUACGGCCGCAGCGCGUACCAGACGGACAAAUUCCUCAAGGCCCAUUUGCAGGAAAACCUUGUCGCUGAGUCCAUGACUGCCUCUGAGAUCCAGACGGCGCGCCAUGUCCAGAUGCCCGAUACGCCGCUUGUCGUCGUAAGCUCUGGGAUCGAGGUCCGCAGGAGCAACAAGUGGGCCAAGACACAGGAGGAUCUGACCAAGAUCACGAAGAACUUGAAGGAGUGGGAUAUCGUCAAGGGUGCGCCUCAUGAGGUGUGGAGGACCACUGAAGGUCGACAGGUUCUGGAAAAGAGACUCAACGAACUGGUCAAGGGCGAGUGA